AUGCCUCGGUUGCAUGAGCUGCCUCCUGGCUUGCUUGCCAUCGUGGCCGAGCUCGCAGGCAGCUGCCCUCCGUCGCGGCUUCUGAGCAGGACCUGCAGGUCGAGAAGUGAUCGGUUCAGGGCCGAGUUUGACCCGAAGAUCUGCAUUGCGGGCCUGAGAAACGAAGACGGAGACGUUGCAGCUGAUCUGCUUCUCACCAACCUGCCACAGCUUGGGGUGGCUCAGGACCUCUGUUUGCACAGUGGGCUGCAGUUCCGCAUGUUGGUGCUCGUCCUCGUUGCUGUUGCUUGCAUGCGCGCACGUGUCUCUAGUUCGCAAGAAGAGGAUGGCCAUCAGGUUCUGUAUCCAGUGCACUUUUGCUUGUGUGAUAGGAAGGAGGAAGGCAUCUCGUUCUCCAACACACUGAGGAGAAUUCAGUGCCCAACUCGCCCGUACGAGAGCAAGAGCGUCACUUUUGCCGGCAGUUCGAUGUACGUCCUCGGAGUGCGAGAGCCUCCCGAAAAGGCCGCGGAGAUCCAUCGACUCGACUUUGGGUCCCUGAAGUGGAGCCGCUUUGCCUCCUUGGAGAGCUUGCCGGAUCGGGAGCUCGAUGCAGUUACAGUCCUGCUGGCAGCGCCUGCACACGGCAGGCUGUACUUGAUGUCUGACUCUGCGCCCGUCUUGCACUCCACACCCUUACCCAAGCCUGAUGUGGCUGGAAGUUCAGGAAGUUCACGUGAAAGUGGUGAUUCUGAGGCUGUGCAGUGGACUAAGUGGCCCGGUAGACAGCACAAGACCCGUGGUUUCGCCAGAGCCGCUGUGAGCCGCGGAAUCUACGCUUGCGGAGGCAUAGUGGAUGCUUACGACGAGUACGAUGAUGAAAGCACACCAGUCCGUGAGGCGGAAUGCUUUGAUGUCGUAACAGGGACCUGGGAUGCGAUUCCGCCGAUGCUAACUGCACGUUGGGGUUGUACUGCUGCCGGCGUGGGAGGAAAGCUCCUUGUUUGCGGCGGGACGGAAUGCUCAGAGUUUGACCUCAUCAGUGGACGCCAUUACCUUCUGGACACCGUCGAGGCAUUCGAUUUGGCAUCAGGGACGUGGUGUCAGCUUCCUCCCCUGUUGAAACCAAGGAUGCGGCCCGUGGUUCUGGGAGGUGCAGCCGGUGAUGUUCUCGUCAUGGGAGGUACAGGCUUGAGGCUGGACGAGGAUGCAGACAGCCAUGUUUGGGGCGGCCCGGACAGUGAGGAGGAGUGCAUCACGAUACCUGAAGAGGAGCGCUCAAUUCCCGAAGUUUUGCAUGAUUGUGAGUACUGGGGUCCAGGACGUCCUGCCUGGACAGCUGGCAGUAUGCCGUUUCCGAACACACGAUGCAUUCAUGCGGGAGUCGUCUUUGUGCAGAAGUCGAGCUGGCGAGAAUCUGCCAACUGGACUUAG